AUGAUAAAUAAAUAUGAUUUUAAAAAAUUACAAAAAGAAAACGAACAAUUAAAAUCACACAUUGAAAAGUUAGUUAACGAAACUUCGACAUUAAAAUCAUAUGUACGAAAAUUAUCUGAAGAAAAAGGAGAGAAUAUUAAUUUUGAAAAUGAAAAUGUUAUAAACGAUGACGAUAAACCUUACGAAUAUUGGACAGAUGUAGAAACUUUACAACAGCAAUUAUAUGACCUUUUUAAUGACGAUAAUCAAAAAGAUCAAAGUAAAAGUCCGGAAGAAAUUAAAACACAAAAGAAAUAUAAGAGAUAUGGAUUUUUAGGUGUUAAUAUACGACAAGAUAUUUGA